GUUAUUGUGCCAAUUUGUCGAAUGACGUGGAGAAGCCAUACGUGUCUGCUGCUAGCUUGCAUGCCGAAGUUGGCAACUUGGAUUACUAAAUUAGCGAGAUUUCUGAUUAUUUGUUCGUAAGAGGGUGCAGUCUUUGAUAAAACAAUGCAUAUGCUAAGGAGGGACAAGAAAGACGAAGAAGAUGGAGGCUCGUCAAAUCCAUUUCAGAACAUGGAGAAGAGCUCCGUCCUCCAGGAGGCACGUAUCUUCAACGAGACACCUAUCAAACCCAGGAAGUGUUGCCACAUUCUGACCAAGAUCAUGUACAUCUUGAAUCAGGGUGAGCACAUCGGUACAACUGAAGCAACAGAGACCUUCUUUGCCAUGACCAAGCUGUUUCAGUCAAACGAUGUGAUGCUGCGUCGCAUGGUGUAUCUGGUCAUUAAGGAAAUGGCCAACAUUGCCGAAGACGUGAUCAUCGUGACCAGCAGCCUGACUAAAGACAUGACAGGCAAAGAGGACAUGUACCGAGCAGCGGCCAUCCGUGCACUCUGCAAGAUCACCGACACCACUAUGCUGCAGGGGCUGGAGCGUUACAUGAAGCAGGCCAUUGUGGACAAGGUGCACAGCGUCUCCAGCGCAGCCCUAGCAUCAUCCCUGCACUUGCUGAGUCAGAGUCCCGACGUGGUCAAGCGUUGGGUCAACGAAGCCCAAGAGGCGGCCACCAGCGACAACGUGAUGGUCCAGUACCACGCCCUGGGCCUGAUCUAUCACAUCCGCAAGAAUGACCGGCUGGCCAUCACCAAACUGGUGGGCAAGUACACCCGCGGGGGGCUCAAGUCGCCCUAUGCUACUUGCAUGUUGAUUCGUAUUGCAUCAAAGCUCCUUGAAGACGACGAUGCUGGGAAUGAUAGCCCAUUGUUCGAUUUCAUUGAGGGCUGUCUGAGACACAAAAGCGAGAUGGUGAUCUAUGAAGCAGCCCACGCCAUCGUCAACAUGAAGAACACCACAGCUAGGGAGUUAGCCCCGGCCGUCUCUGUCCUACAGCUCUUCCUCAGCUCCCCUAAGCCCACGCUGAGAUUUGCUGCCACCAAGACACUCAACAGGGUCGCCAUGACCCACCCAGCUGCCGUCACCGCCUGCAACCUGGACCUAGAGAACCUGAUCACAGACGUCAACCGCAGCAUCGCCACCUUGGCCAUCACCACCUUACUCAAGACAGGCAGCGAGGGUAGCGUGGAGCGUCUGAUGAAGCAGAUCAGCACCUUCAUGUCGGAGAUCUCGGAUGAGUUCAAGGUGGUGGUGGUGCAGGCAGUGCGUUCCCUCUGCACCAAGUUCCCUCGCAAGCACGGCGUCAUGAUGAGCUUCCUGUCAUCUAUGCUGCGGGAUGAGGGAGGCUUUGAGUACAAGCGUGCCAUCGUGGACAGCGUCAUCGUCAUCAUUGAGGAGAACCCAGAGGCCAAGGAGGCCGGCCUGGCUCACCUGUGUGAGUUCAUCGAGGACUGCGAGCACACCUCCCUGGCUACCCGCAUCCUGCACCUGCUGGGCAGGGAAGGGCCUCGCACCCAGAACCCCUCCAAGUACAUCCGCUUCAUCUUCAAUCGCGUCAUCCUGGAGAGUGCGGCCAUUAGAGCGGCUGCUGUGAGUUCUCUGGCCAAGUUUGGUGCCCACUGUGAGGCUUUGCUGCCCAGUGUGAUUGUUCUGCUCAAGAGGUGUCUGCUUGACGGUGAUGAUGAGGUCCGAGACCGAGCCACUUUUUACCUCCGAGUCCUGGAGCAACAGCAGAAGGCCCUCAACUCGGCUUACAUCCUCAAUGGCCUGUCCGUGUCCAUAGUUGGCCUAGAGAGGGCGCUGCACCACUACACCCUGAGCCCGUCGGAGACACCCUUUGACAUCAAGUCCGUUCCCUUGGAAACACAGCCGAUCACCGAGCAGAAGAAACCAGAUAUGCUGCCCUCUUCCAGGCCUGCGGAAAAGCCCAGCGCUCCAGCCCAAGAGAUUUAUGCAGAACAACUGGCGGCCAUUCCUGAGUUUGCCUCUUUGGGACCUCUUUUCAAAUCCUCCAAGCCGGUUGAGCUGACCGAGUCUGAGACCGAGUACAUGGUCCGAUGCAUCAAGCACACCUUUGCCAAUAACAUCGUGUUCCAGUUUGACUGCACCAACACCUUGAACGAUCAGCUCCUGGAGAACGUGACCGUCCAGAUGGAAUCUGGAGACGGUUUUGAGACAGUUUGCCAGGUGCCCGCAGCCUGCCUCAAGUACAACCAGCCAGGGGUGACUUACACCUGUGUCUCUAUGCCUGAAGAUGCUACUUCUGUAACUGGAACGUUCACCAACACCCUCAAGUUCAUUGUGAAGGACUGCGAUCCUAACACCGGUGAGGCUGAUGAUGACGGCUAUGAGGAUGAGUAUGUGCUGGAAGACAUAGAGAUCACUGUGGCCGACCACGUCCAGCGUGUGAUGAAACCCAACUUCCUAGCCUCCUGGGAGGAAGUUGGAGAGGAUAACGAGGUGGACGAGACCUUCGCCCUGUCGGCUAAAACCCUGGAAGAGGCAGUGAGCAACAUCAUCGGUUUCCUGGGCAUGCAGCCCUGCGAGCGAUCUGACAAGGUGAACGAGGGCAAGAGCUCCCACACCCUAUGCCUGGCUGGGGUCUUCCGUGGGGGUCACGACGCCCUGGUCAGGGCCAAGCUUGUCCUACAAGACACCGUCACCAUGCAGAUUACCGUCCGCAGCACCGACCCGACCGUUAGCGAGGUCAUCUCAUGCGCUGUGGGUUAAAGGUUAAAUGUUAAAGGUCAAAUGUUAAAGGUCAACCUGGCUGCUUGUGCAGCUUGUCGAAUUGUACUCCUUAUAAUAAACAGUGUAUGGAUUUAAAACUUAUGAAUAGUCACUAGGUGCAUAUUAAGUAAUAUCCAAUCGGGAUUAAACUGUCAUUAAUAUCUAAUGAAUAUUCAAAGCUGAUGAAUAUUAAUUUCGAGGACUUGUAAUUGAAUAAAAUAAAGUUGACUCAAUCUUUUAUUCAUACGAAGGACCACCCUGUUAUGAUAGUAUUUGAGGGAUCAUUUCCAAUUGUCUUGUGUUUUCUUCUUUGAUCUAGGAGAAUAAUGCAGUCGACAAACACUUUUACACAGGGAAAAAUGCUUUAGAAUAUGUCAGAAAGCAUCAUGCUUCUUGAGAUGGACAUGUUGAGAAUUACUCACCAUAAAAAUAACCCUUGUAACAAACCAUAGAAAAUGUCGUGUAAUUUAUGACAUUCACUCAUCAUAAUAAGGGUAGUUCUUUGAAUGUACUUGAUGAAAACCAUAGUAUUAAUGCUUUAAUGGAUUAUGUCACUAUUGUACUUUUAUGUUUGGUGGUUCUUCAAAACUGUUGCCACUUGUAUCCAUCAUUGGUAAUUAUUAUGUUAUUACAUGAAAAUACUUAUAUAUUGCUCCCGGGUCAAUAUUGGAUUUAAGAAAGCAAACUUUUUUGGCCGUAUUUUAUCACUGUUUCUCUUCAUAUUUUGAACCAAAUUACUGUUCUGGUGAAAGAUAAAACA